UCUGCCGUCAUCUGAAAAAAAAAAAGCUGCGUGGGCUGGGCCGAAUAGACGGCCGAAGAAACCAAAAAUGGUGAAGCUGUGAAGCACCAGUGCCCCAACAAAUGGCGGCGCCGGUGAGGUCGGUGCUCCCCGUCGUGCUCCUCGGCUGCGGCGGCGUCGGCCGCCACCUCCUCCGCCACAUCCUCUCCUGCCGCCCUCUCCACGCCAACCAGGGCGUCGCCAUCCGGGUGCUCGGCGUCGCCGACAGCUCCUCUCUGCUCGUCGCCGACGACCUCCACUCCAACGGCUUCGACGACGCGCUCCUCGCUGAUCUCUGCGCCGCCAAGUCCGCCGGCUCGCCCUUAUCUUCUCUGCUCUCUCGAGGGCAAUGUCAGCUAUUCAACAACCCUGAGGCUAGGAGGAAAGUCAUUGACACUGCCAGCGUUCUUGGGAAAACAACUGGUCUUGUACUAGUUGAUUGUUCUGCAACUUAUGAUACUGUUGGCAUGCUAAAGGAUGCCGUGGAUCGUGGAUGUUGUGUUGUAUUGGCAAACAAGAAACCGCUUACUUGUGCUUAUGAGGAUUUCGAAAAGUUGGUUUCCAACUUCCGUCGCAUGAGAUUUGAAUCUACUGUUGGAGCCGGUUUGCCUGUAAUAGCUUCUGUGACCCGUAUUAUUGCCUCUGGAGAUCCAGUUUCUCGUAUUGUUGGCAGUCUGAGUGGUACACUUGGUUAUGUGAUGAGUGAGCUGGAGGAUGGAAAGAGAUUUAGUGAAGUUGUGAAAACUGCCAAGUCUCUUGGCUAUACAGAACCAGAUCCACGUGAUGAUCUCAGUGGGAUGGACGUAGCUAGAAAGGCAUUGAUCUUAGCUAGGCUUCUGGGGCAACGGAUCAGCAUGGAGAAUAUUAAUGUUGAGAGUUUAUACCCCAGUGAAUUUGGACCUGAUGCAAUGUCCACAAAGGACUUCCUUGAAAGUGGUUUAGUACAGCUUGAUAAAAGCAUUGAAGAAAGAGUAAAGGCAGCAUCUUUGAAAGGAAAUGUUCUUCGCUAUGUCUGUAAGAUUGAAAGCACAGGGUGCCAAGUGGGCCUUGAAGAACUCCCGAAAAACUCUGCACUGGGAAGGUUGAGAGGAAGUGACAAUGUGGUGAAAACAAAAGAGCCUACGAGUGUGAGCAGGGUGGAGAUAUACAGCAGAUGCUACGAGAGCGCCCCUCUGGUGAUUCAGGGCGCUGGAGCUGGCAAUGAUACCACUGCAGCUGGAGUUCUUGCUGACAUACUUGAUCUCCAGGAUCUCUUCCACAAAACGGCUUGAAACCUAUGUCUUCUAGGUCGAACCGCAGAGUUGAUUAUGAGUCUUGUGACUUGUGGGGUUGUUUUGGUCACAGUAUUACUUAAAUAAAUCUUGAGCAGAUAUCAAUUUUUGUACUGUACGCAGAAGGUUUUUGAACAAAUUUGGAAGUUGGAACCAAUGAGCAGUGUCAUCCUUUUGCUUA